AUGGAUGGGAACCAUAAGCUGAUCAGGUGAAUGUGCAGUAGAUUAUAUGACCUAAAAUGCAGUUUUUGUCCGAGGCAUUGCCAAGGUUUAUAAUCAAAGGCAACUGUUCUGUUCAUGCUUUUUACUGACCGACCCUGAUGCAAAUACCAGAGAAAGUAAGGGAAAAUAGGAGUCUUGAUGGGAAUAUUUUCCAAGUUAUCCCAAACUUGCUCCGUUGUUUGUAUCAGGAGGUGACUAUUUUCCAAACAAACAAAAUGCAGAGAAAUAUCAUACAGGUAGCCAAGUUUGCAUACCCCAUAGAAAACCCACUGACCUCGUGCAUUUUUCAAACAAAACUUGGUAAGAUUUUCUGAAGUUGUGGAACAUACAAGAGAAUUUAGACUAGAACACCAACAGGGUUAGGGGAAGCAGUCCAUAGUGAAAGUUCGCUUCCCUCACCUUGUUAUGGCGGAUCAAAGACUUGUGUGAAAAAAAAUUACAUUAUAAUUUAUUAUCCAUUUUCAUAGGUGGCGAAUGGUUCUGUAUGGUGCAAUUGAUGGAUACUCUCGUUUGGUUGUCUUUCUUCAUUGUUCAAAUAACAAUCGUGCUGAAACAGUGCUACAGUUGUUUAUGAAAGCAGUUACUGAGUUUGGCUUGCCAUCUCGAUUGCGGACUGAUAAAGGUGGUGAGAACACAGCAGCUGCUUUGUACAUGCGGCAACAUCCUUUGAGGGGAACUGGACGAGGGAGUGUGAUAGCUGGCAGUAGCACCCACAACCAAAGAAUCGAGAGGCUGUGGAGGGAUGUUUUUAGUGGUGUCUUGUGUUUGUAUCAAACACUAUUUUAUCAUCUUGAGGAACAAGGUGUUCUUGACCCACUAAAUGAGGUUGAUCUGCUUGCUCUUCACACAGUAUUUUUACCCCGUGUUAACCGUCACCUGGACAUUUGGAAAGGAGGUUGGAACAAUCAUAGCAUGAGAACUGCAGGAAGCCUUUCUCCUCUCCAGCAGUUUGUCAGUGGAAUGCUACAAUUACGUGGUUCUGGUUUGGAAGUAGCCAAGGAAAUGUUUUGUCAACUAGAUGAGGCAAGUACAUGUAACAAAGAAUGUUGUCUAUGUAUUUAACAAGUACAGACUCUUCAUAAACUUGAAAUACGAAGAUCCCAAAUUUAUGAUGAAAACAGUAUUUUUAGAGAUGUUUUUAUAUUAUUUGAAUUAUUAUUCAACAGGAAGAAGUCUCCUCAUAUGGCAUCGACUGGGAUGGACCAAUUCCCAAUGAGUCUUCUCCCUCUGAUGACUUUGAGCUAGUGGAAAUUCCAAACAUUGAAGUCAACGUUAGGGAAGAGCAACAGCAACAACUAAGUUUAUUGGUUGAUCCACUUAGUGACAGCGAUUGUUAUGGCAUUGAUUUAUAUAUUCAGGCACGUAACUUUCUGCACUCAGUGACUUAA